AUGACCGUUUUGACUGCCGUGAACGACAAUAGCGACAAUGGCAGACGGCCAAAGCGCCGGAAGGAGUUGAUCGUUGUGGCUGGAGGUCCAGAGCCGCGGAAUCGAUUCACCAGCAUGUCCAUCCGAAGCGACGAGAGAAGAAUCAGAGCAUGUUCUGCACCUGUGCUUGCUAAGCGCCGAGGUUCUGACCUCAGCGACGCAUCGCCUCGGCAGCAGCGCCAUUGUCCGUUCGUUGUCGAUGCUUGUAAGCUACGAGCGUCGUCAGAAGACGUGAAUCGAAAGAAAGACAAAAGAAAGAAGGAGAAAAGAUACACUAACUUGACGAUUGACCGCGUCGACAGCUGCGCCGCGGCAGAACACGCGCGUGCAUGA